AUGGAAUUCAACGACGAUGAAAGUUCAAGUGAUGAUGAACUCAUGACAGAAGGUUCUCCUGCCAAUGAUGGCAAAAAUGAUGAUGAUCCUGUCAAUGUGGACUUUUAUGAUUCGAAUGAAGCAGAGAAAGACAAUCCUCAUAUGAAUAGUGGUAUCAUAGGUGAAUCAAAUGACAAUGAUGAUGAGACAACUGACCCUGAAUCGAUGGAUGAAGAGACAGGUGAUGCUUUCUAUGAGCUCGAACACCAGAAAGAUAAAGCAAUGGAAGAAUUAUCAAAGAUAUUCGAACUGAUGAACAUAGAUCCGAUCCAUGAUAGAUCAGCAGUAUUACCCAUUCGAGCCAAAAUUGAUGAAGUGUAUAGAAAACUUAAUCAAUUAUGUGACAUAUUAGAUGGAAAGUCUCAAGAUUCACAUGAUCCAAAUUCUCAUGGGCUGAUGAUAUAUGAAUCAAAUGAACUGUUGGCCGGUUUGAAAAAUUUAUUCGCUGAUAGUAAUGCUGAUGAACAAGUUAGCUUAAUGACAAUUGCUCCCAAACAAUGGGGCCGACAAAAAGAUCGAAAAAUGGUAAAACAUAGUGCUGAAUCCGAAUAUCGGCAUGAGACGACGGGCCUUGCGAAUUUAGUUAAAGCACAAAAAUUAUUUAUAUUGGAAAACGAUUUAAAUAUGAAACAAGAAUUGAUAUUAGAAGAAGCACGAAAACGUAUUGAUCAUUUGAAUGAUGAAAGAAAUCGAUUAAAAUUGGUAGUAUGCAAAGAUACUGAAUCACAGGAACGUUUUUAG